AUGUCCAAAUUCUUUACCUGGACGAAAGGCGAUCGCCGCAAUGCCGUCGAAGCUCUGCGAUCUGGCAAGGUCGUGCCAAUCCCCAUCGAAUGCAUCUCUAUCAAAGGACUGGAUUACGCUCAAGCUGAGAAGCUAAUGGGCCACAAGCGUCGAAGACCACCUCCGCUACUACUUGGAGACAGCCCGGACUCCUCCGGCAAGGACGCAUCCAGCUCGAACGACUCACUUGCACUUCAACAUGCUGCUGUGCGCUCUGCAACAAGCUUGAUGACAGUCAUGAAUGAUGUGCUGCGCUCUCCACCCAUGUCAGCCUAUCUGGCUGCACCCACCAGCCCAUGGUUUGGUCUUCCACCUUCCCUGCAACGCCCGCGAGCUCAUACUGCUCCUUCGACACCUCUUUGCGAAGCUCCCGUUAUGGACAUCGCAGAACUGCCGGGUCUUAUGGCCGUAGAGGACAAGAAGCGCAGCCAGGCUGCCGUUAAAUCGGAACCAAAACCAGAUCUACCCUCAGCUGCAUCAGCCGAGCCGGACGAGUCUCAAACUAUCAACGAAAUCACCCCGUCGCCAGUAUCCACCGCAAAAGAAACGACGCCAACCUCUUCCACCGCUUCUACCCUCGCAUCGGCGUCUCACAGUUGCAGCACGGUUACAUCCACAUCGUCUGCAGCCUCGAACAAUUCAGAUGCAACAUUUCCUGACCAAAAGUCGCUGCAACCAAUGAGGUCGGAGCUGGAGCAGCAACUUUCAGCCCUCCGCACAUCACAUGAAGCCCAUAUCCGCAGUCUGAAACGAGCGCAUGAGAAAGAGAUUGCGUCGCACGCAGUGUACAUUGCGCUUUUGGAGCGUCGGCAAGACUCGGCUCCCGACCACACUGCGCAAAGCGGCAAUGCGCACCUCCGUCUUCGAACAUCGAUGCUUCGAGGCUCACCAGGUCUUCCGUUGUCAUCGCUCAAGGAACAGGCGCAUGUCGAGCAUCAGGAUGGAUCAGAGAGCAGUCCACAAGAUCUCUUCGAUGGAUGUGGUCGAGAGCAAGCAGGAUUGCAGAGAAUCCUUCAAAUUUCCAAACGCAAAGAACAAGCCAUGAGAAACACCAUCGCAAGCCUGGAAGCACGUCUGGUGGAGUCGAACAAUGAGCGCAUCGACUUGCUAGAAGGCUUCCACGCAGUGUGCGAGAAGCUGCGAUUGUCGUCUCGACGCGAGCGCACCCUGGCCCGGGAGCUUGAGUAUCUCCACGAGCAGAUGAUACUCCCUCACCCGAAAAUUGGAGAUGACGAUGUAGUGGAGCAAUGCGGCAGCGGGAACACUACACAGGCAAGGAACGACAUCGUAUGCUCGGACACGAGUCCUAGUCGGGACUCCCACCAUCCACUUCUACUUCAAAUACGAGGCCUCAAACGAGCACUUGCCGAGAAAGAUGUACGGAUCGGGCAUCUGGAGCAAUUGGCCAGAAGCUCUGUGCAGCCACAAGCCAUUACUCACACAGCUCCCGCCAACGAGCAGAGUCCACUCGCGCCAAAUCUAACCCUUCCUGAGAUUCACGACUGCAGCACCGAGAGUGGACUCGUUGCUUCCGUCGUCAGAAUGCACGCCGGCCUCGGCAUAGCGACCGUGGAAUUCGAAAAGACUCCCCGGACUCGCAGUGCUUCCUCUGUGCCCACCGUACGGCACAAUACGUUCUCACCGCCAACAACAAACCCCGGACCGAGAUUAACGAGCAAGAAUCUGGAAAAAGCCCCGCCGCAAUUCGACAAAGCGCUCCCAACACUGCCCCGGCUGCCUUCGCCAUCCUCUCGCAGUUGUCAUCGGGGGAGUGCAAAAGUGCAGUGGUUGGAAGGGCGUCGCGCAUUCUCUGACCCGGCUGUACCCACGUCUGCAAGGGGUGCGGAAUCAGACAAGGCUGCACUCACGCAUGCAUCGGUAUCUGAAUCUCUGUGUCUCUCGAGCGGACCUGUGACGCCGUUGGCUAAGAUCGGGUCUCGGCGCAUAUCCGGGGCCGCGGGAUGA